UAAGAUAAUCUAAUAUGUAUCAGUUAAAGAGCCCGAGUUCUCGUGUUGCUCGUGUUAUAAAAGUACCAGCAAUGGCUAAACACAAACCUGUGCAGCACAUUCACAGAGCUGCGGACAGCCUCUUUAGGGAUGCAGGUUUUCAGAUGUAAACCAAAGACAAUACAAGGAAAUAGGAAGCCCCCUGUGCAUAGGCAAGGCUUCCAGAAGUUUCCCAGAAAAUCAAUGUCUACAGUCAAGCCACAGAGCUUCUCUACGUUCACAACUCAGUCCUGGAACGUAUUUGGUCACCUGGGAACUGGAAAAAGUGAAUCCGAAGUAAUGGCUGAAGCAAUACCACUCCGAGAAAAGAAGCAGAGAACUCUCCCUCGGUCUGAUGGGUGUGGUCUGAAUAACUUUGACGCUGUGGAUUUGUCCGGAGGGCUGAGGAUCAUCCUGGUGGGCAAGACUGGAUCGGGCAAGAGUGCGUCAGGAAACACCAUCCUUGGGAGAGCUGCCUUUAAAGAGGACCCGAGCCCCGUGUCUGUGACCAAACACUGUGAGACACAGAGCGGGGAAGUGGAUGGGACUAUAGUCCAGGUGAUUGACACUCCAGGUCUGUUUGAUACAGGCAUCACAGAGGAAGAAUUAAAAACCAGGAUAGAGGAGUGUGUCAAGAUGUCUGUGCCCGGCCCUCACGCCUUCCUACUGGUGAUCAGGCUCGGAGUCAGGUUCACCGAAGAGGAGAGAAAUGCUGUGAAGUGGAUCCAGGAUAACUUUGGAGACGAUGCCUCCAUGUACACUAUCAUGCUGUUUACAUGCAAAGAUCAGGCCAAAGCUGACAAUGCUCUGAAGGAGUGCAAGGAGCUGCGGAGACUCUCUAUUACAUUUGGUCGCAGGUACCAUUCCUUCAACAACAACGACGCAGACGACCAAGUACAGGUCAAAGAGCUGAUCACCAUGAUAAAGGAAAUGGUACAGGACAACGGGGGGAAACACUACACCAAUGAGAUGUAUGAGAAAGCCCAGAGCAAGCUGAGAGAGGAGGAGGAUCGGAAAAAACAAGAGGAGGAAGAGAAGAAAGAAGAGGAGAGGAAAAUAUGGGAUGCAGAGAGGGAGAAGCAAGAGAAGGAGAGAGAAAAGGAGAAAAGGGUUAAAAGAAAGAAUAUACGAGUUGCCUCGGCUAUUGCUAUUGUGUUGGUGUUAGCAGGGGUGGUUAUAGCAGUGGGAGCCAACACCCCAGUGGCUUUGGCACUAGGAGCUCCUGCGCUUGUCCUGGGGGUGUUAUGUGGUGUAGCUGCCUUUUGCAUAUGGAAGGGCAUUAGAUGCAAAGGCAAAGCAAAUGUUCCAGUAUAACUAGGUGGAGGCUAGUGACAAGGAUGUGUUGAUCCAUCUGCAGUAUGUGACACUGAAUAUAUAGUCAUAGUACUACACACAUUACUAUUUACUGUUUAGAACUACUCAGUGAAUGAUGUUGUUUUGGCCUUUUCUGCAUUCUGUCUCCAAACUUUUUAAGUUUUGACACAACACUGCAAUAACAGCUGUGAAUUUAAUGCUGACAGUAAACAAACGGUAUGAAAUGCAAUACUUUUCUACUUGGAGAGAUACAGUUUGAAUCCCCAUAAAAAACAAAACCAUUGCCAGAAAGAAAAGUUGGCACUGUACAUUUUCUGCAAACAACAGGUGUGUUACAUUUGCACGUUUUCAUGAAGCGGAUACGUUGAAACUUAACAUAAUGCGUGGUAAGGUAUAGGCACAAAAAGCACUUGGUUAGUGUUAGGAAAAUAUCAUGUUUGGGUUUAAGAUAACCACUUUGGAUGGCACAAAUAAGGCCAGAGAGGGAGCAAUGUCUCGGUAAAAAACAACUGCUUUUUGUGGCACUGUCCUGGCAGGAGAAGAAAAAUGGCCGCUUUAUGUAUCACCAUUCCAGCAGGAAAAGCAGUGAUGUCUCGAUAAAAAAAACAACCACUUUUCAUGCCUAAGAAGCUGCUGGGAACACAGUAAUGAAAUCACAACCUUUUUUUGUUGUUGUUUGUUUGUUGGUCUCUAGCAGUGGUCUGCAGCUUGGCAGGCGUCUCGCCCAGGCAUCACGCAACCCACCAUCCCCUCCACCCCCAAAUGAUAAAUUCAACAAUGUGACGUCAUUUUAGAAAUGGUAAUAUGAUAUGAAUGAAGUGUGCAAAUGUAACAUAUUCAUGGUUUGCAGACACAUACAAUGCCAACAUUUUCUUCUGGUGACUGGGCUGUAAAUAAUGUUUGAAUGUAUUGACAUAUUGUGCUUCUUGUUUACACAAUUUAUACUCUCAUAACUUAUGCAAUAACUGCUCAGAUAAAAUGUUCAUGCAGGUUCAUCACUGUGACGUGCAGUUUCCCUCGCUUUAUUCUUAGCAACAUUAUGAGCUCACUUCCCUAAAGGAAAUGAAAGACAAUGGUAAACGUCCGGCUGCUGAUCACAUUUCACUAAGGAAGCAUUCUUAACAGAGCAACCCCCUCACUAUACUGCCGCCACAUCCCUGCCGGAGCAUUUCAUCUACGGCAAAAUGACCAAGAAAGGCCUAAAAAUUGUGAACUGUGGGCCAGUCUGUGUCAGCCACAUGUUGACUGGAGCAAGGGCACUGUAGCUUUUAAAUGUAGCGAUGAAGCUGAAUCCUGUUUCCUCACAAACUGUUUGUACAAUGAAAAAGCGAUCACAGAGUUCCAUUAGCUGCAGUAAAGUAGUCCAAACACUGAUCCACUGAUACUUCUGGGAGUAUGAAAUGGUUGUAAAGUGACAUGUGGGUGUAGUUAUCUCUGUUUCAGACAUUUUGCAGGUCUGUCACAUUAAGGCUUUAUACACAAAUGGAAAGAACAAAUAAAUUAAUAAAAAUGAAUUCUUCUGAAGAUUUACAGUUUCCACAUAAUUUCAAACUUUCCAUUUUUGCUAGCCUCUUAACGCAGUGUAUUUUCAUUACAUAUGGAAAAGUAAUUCUGAUUUUUAUCUUCUAUAUCUAUUUCUUUGUCCAGUAGAAGAAAGCUUUGCGUGGUGUUUUUAAUGACUCACUAUCUGAAUAAAAUAUUCAACACU